UGCUUCAUGAACUCAGUUGCCGGCGUAGGCUCAGUGUAUUCUGGCGAGACGACAUUUGUCUCGCUUUCCGGGAAAGUUCUGCUGCAGUUGAUUCCUGGCCGUACUUCUUCCUGGGGUACGCUCAUUGCCCCUUCAGCUUGAGCAAGUUCAGGGCGGCGUGAAAGGGAUUUGCUAUCUUCCCAGAUCUGCGACGCACACCUCGAGUCAGGGAAAGGACAUUCUUCGGGAAUUGUGCAAGAUUUUGCUCAUAGACUGUGGGACUGCCAUGGCCUCUCCAGGACUUUGCUUGGGUGUCCUGAUUGGCUGCUUGCUUCUCUUCAGUCCCCUGUUGCUGAUUGCCUGCGAUGGUCAACCUGUCAGUCUAAAUGCUGCUGGUACAGGACAGUUAGCACCAUUCACGGUGACAUUUGGUGAUGGACAACCUACAGCCGAUGUUACCAGUUACUUACCUGGAUGUGUUGUGCUCAGUGGAAUGGGAUCAUUCAUUCGACUAGAGAAGACUGAUGGUAGUCUAGUGUGGGCUGAGACAGGUGCCUUCUCAGGAGAUGAUAUCGUAAAGGUGAACAAAGGAGAACAUCCUAUACUGGACACUUCAUACACUGGCCUGUACCAUUGUAGAACAGCUACUUGCAACUCUACACAGACAUACCAACUGAACAUUGUAGCUGAACAAGUUCAGUCAGAACCAUCUCCUACACCACUGAAACUGAACUACACUGGUGCUACUCACACCAUAUCAUUCAAGGCAAGUGGAAACUUUCCUCUCAGCGCAUCUUGGAACUCAACAUUGACUCUGGAGUCACAGAUGAUAGAGACAACUAUGCUUGCCAAUAUGGUGAAUUCCACAUUCAGCUUCCAACAGAAUGAUUCCCAGAUUGUGUUUAUAGAAAGUGAUACAUCGGGUGUUACCUUCAAUGUCACCUGUACGACAUCAUAUACUACAAACUUUGAUUGUAAUAGUUCAAGUACUGCGCGUCCACAAAGUGUGAUUGACAGAUGUGUGAAUGCCUCCCAGCCAAUAUCUACCACUGUCUCUAUCACCAUUCAAGCACUAUGUCCAAAUCUCAAUGACAGCGGGUUCAAUAACUUCAAUUACAAACCUUUUGCCAGUUUCAACACACAACCAGGUACUGAUAUAUCCAUUGAGUGCAGAACAGGUUUUCUGUCUAACAAUAGUAUGGAAAUAACCCAGUCUACGUGCCAGGGCAACGGAAGGUGGCGACCAAGUCCACCAGUGUGUGAGAGUUGCAUGGUGGAAUGCAGCAAUGACACUAAUGUGGAGAAUUGUUAUCAUACAAUGGCUAAAGUAAGCUGUGUUUGUAGACAAAACUUCAACUGGACCAAUGGCGAAUGUCUACCCACACAUUGUCCAGAGUUAAACUCGACAACAGUGAUACCCAGGAGUACUAUUGGUACCACCAUAUGUAUGCCUGAUUACGACAAUAUCUCAAUGCCGAGUUCAGUGAUUUGCCAGGCUAAUGGAACCUGGACUACACUACCGACUUGCCAAGCAUCCCAAACAAAUUUUACAAAUGUAACAGUGACCUUAACUGUGCCAUAUGGAACAAUGUCCCCCAAUAAUCAUUCUUCCACUACUGACAUCAGUACUGAUGAUUCAAACGGAGGCAUAGGAACUGGAGCUAUCGUUGGUAUUGCUAUUGGAGUAGGUGUCGUGCCAGUUUCUCUUCUCAUCAUCCUCAUCUUCGUGAUCAAGAAGGGUCGCAGGACCUCGGGCAAGCAUGUCAUAAACUAGGCCACGGUUCUUCUCGCUGACGUGCACAGCUGUACCCGAUAUCACCUUGGCGAGACACUCGCAUUUGCCAGCUUCUCUGUCAUGGUCAAGCAGAACUAUGUCUGUGACUAUCGGCCCACACAUGCACACUCACACACACUCACACCCAUGCACACACUCACACCCACACCCACACCCACACUCACACCCACACCCACACCCACACCCACACUCACACCCACACCCACACUCACACCCACACCCACACCCACACCCACACCCACAUUCACACCCACACCCACACCCACACCCACACCCACACACGCGCACGCGCGCUCGCUCACACACACACACACACACUGGCACACACAUACACACACACAGUGGCACACACAGUGGCACACACACACACACACACACACACACACACACGUACACACACACACACACACGUACACACACACACACACAGUGGCACACACACAUGCACACGCACCUUCGGACCUUUGGAAAGCCCAUCGCCAAAGGCGAUGAUAGCUAUUAGGCGAGGCAGUAGUUCUUGUGUCGAGAUAAAUCAUUCGGAUGGCGAAAAUCGUGGCCGCAUACACAGACGAACACUAUUGGUUGGGGCUGGCUUGGUAGCUUCCGACGGCUACGCUCACGCCAGUCCCUCCGGUCCUGAGCAAGGUGGUACCAUUGCGCCUCCGGGAUACCGGUCGCACGCAGGUCUGAAGCUGCCACAUCUCUCCAACGACGCUUGUGUCCAUGGCGGGCACACGCGCGCGCGCGCGCACACACACACACACACACAAACACAAACACACACGCCUGUGCGCACACACGCCUCCUCACAAUGCUUUCCUCUCCACUCUGUGCUUCCUGCGUGCAAUUCUCCCCUAUGUUAAUGCAGUUGUGCAUAUUUGAGCAUAGCAGCUUCCCAAGUCCCUUAGUAAAGUUCUUCGGCAGAGGUUGCUCGACCCGCACGAAGUUCGACAGACAAGUGCAUGCCACUCUCCUACGUUUGCCACAAAAAGCAAAACCCUGCAAAAAAAAUGUUGCCCUUUGCGUGUGUAUAGAAUGUCUGUAAUGCUUGCCCACAAUACCCACAGUCUAUCAAAAAUCAGUCUUAGUUGCCACCCGUUCACUUGUAUGCAUGCACCCCCCCCCCCCCCCCUUCUCCCAUCAACUGCUAGCGUGGUAUCCUGUGCAGCUGUGCAGCUAUGCAUGUGCAUGCCAAACACUAACUGUCCAGCUACUGACUAUAGUAUACUGCUGCUCUUUCUUUUGAUCAUUGUAAGCCAACAUCUUGCUGUUGCCCCAAUGCCUAGACUGUCCAUUACAACUAACCAGAGAGCUGUCUCUCUUGUUGCCGGUCCGCUGUUCCGCUUGCUGCUUCCGUGCACCAUGGCAUUAGCAUUAGCAGCAAUACUUCAAUACGUUACUCGUUGUUACCUUUUGCACAGCUAACUGCUCGCUCUCCGCGCCGACCCCAUUGCUAAGCUUGCUUUGAUAGUAAUAUGCUGGCUGCAUUUAGCUCAUACUUCAGUCUUCUCUUUUUAGCAAGAGCAUUGGGUAUUACGCUCCUCGGAAUU